AUGGAGAAACACCCCCGGAUCGGCCGGCUGCAGACCCAGUUCGCCGGGAUGCCGGCCGCCGGCAGCUUCACCCGGCUCCUGCAAUUUGGGAUGCUCCACAACGUGCCGGUGCACAACGUCGGAAUAUUGAAGUUUUGCUGGACCCACAACGCCAUCACCCGCAUCGGCGCCUUCCGCAGGCACCGCAUGCUCCCCGUCCAGACGGAAAGCUCCGAGACCAACCCGCCGACACUUCUCGGCAUCUUGCGCCGUGAGCACCGCUGGUAUCAGGGCAUUAUGCGGUACUGCUUUCUGCUCAAGGAGCCCGGCCUCCAGUCCGUCAGCCGCUUCCAGGUGUGCCAGAUCCUCGCCUCGUUUCUCGGCUCGGCCUCUGGUGUUUUGUGGAUGCUGGCGGCAUCGCCAAGGCAUGUUGGAUGGAUAUGA